GCCUUACCUAUCACGGCCAAAAGUGGGCAUGGGGCUAUUUUUAAACCGCAGUGAGCUGUAUUUAUUGUUUCGGCCGGGGGAGCGCGAGGGACUGCCUGCGAGAUUCCUCCGGCAGCAGCGCCGGCGGCCGUGCGGAGCCAUGGCACCCAAGAAAGCCAAGAAGAGGAUUGAGGGGGCUAAUUCCAACGUCUUCUCCAUGUUCGAGCAGGCCCAGAUCCAGGAAUUCAAGGAGGCAUUCACCAUCAUGGAUCAGAACCGCGACGGCUUCAUCGACAAGGCGGAUCUGAGAGACACGUUCGCUGCGCUUGGACGUCUGAACGUAAAAAACGAGGAGAUUGAUGAGAUGAUAAAGGAGGCGCCGGGACCAAUUAACUUCACCGUGUUCCUGACCAUGUUUGGAGAGAAACUCAAGGGUGCCGACCCGGAGGAGACCAUCCUGAACGCGUUCAAGGUGUUUGAUCCAGAGGGCAAAGGCCUGAAAUCUGCCUACAUCAAAGAAAUGCUGAUGACGCAGGGCGAGAGGUUUUCCCAGGAAGAGAUCGAUCAGAUGUUUGCAGCCUUCCCUCCAGACAUCUCCGGCAACCUCGAUUACAAAAACCUCGUCCACGUCAUCACACACGGUGAAGAGAAAGACUAGCCCACACUCACCCUCAGCACAGGGGUUGGCACCGUGGGAUCACCUUUCUCGAGGUCAUACGGGGGGUCUCUCUGUCCCCUCCAUCAGCAGCUCCUCUCCUUGAUCCCAUCCCUGCCCAGCUCUCUGCGCUGCAGACCUGCCUGUCACGGGGAAUACAAACCUGAACGGCAUCCGCAUUAAAGUGCAUUGUGGCGCGAGGAAA